UGAAAGUUUUGCAUGUCGAAUGUCAAACAGGUGCAAGUUCGCACGUGGACAUGCGGUGAAACAACGUGUAACUGUGCUGUUGCAAUGAAGGAAGAAAUGAGGUUUUUAUCUUGGACAUGUGUCACACCCAGUUCGGGACAUCCUUCCCUCGACUUACCAUUCCAUGCAUGGGGGCGAGGUCGAAUGGCACUGUGGUCAGUCAUGACAAUGCCGGCAACAAUUAUCUGUUCAGCUUCCCAUCAGGUACCCAAGUAAAAAUUGAAAAGUCUGGAGGUGGGUUGAAUGUCUACAUCACCACGCCGGAGGACGACAUGCAGGCCACAGGAGGGAUCUGCGGUUAUUUCGAUGGAAAUCCAGAUAAUGAUCUCAAACACUCAGACAACACAUUUUCAAUUAUGCCAAAGAAUGGUCGAGUCGUGGACGAUAAUUUUGUAAACAGUUGGAGGAUCAAACCGGCGGGUAGCUCAAUAUUUGACACAAACUUUUUCACAGUUGAUCCGUCCCUCGACCACGAUAUGUACUACUGCAAGUGUGACAGAAAGCCAAACGGUACACUAGCAGAUUGCACUGUACAUGGCAACGUGGCACAACCAAACGUCCAGGUUCUCUUACCAGGGGCGACUCAUCAAAACCCGGCACAGACCUGUAGAAACCCGGCGGCUCAUACACGUACUGCGAAUACUAUCCUUCCUGACGAUUACCCGUCGGAUUAUGUUUUCGACUAUGGAUUUUCGUAUGUGCCUAUUCUGAGAGCCGAUUUCCCCAGCGAGCACGGGAAAAGUCGUAGGGAUGCGGAGACUGCCUGCAAUUCAGCCAUCGACCAGAAUCCCAUACUACAGCAGUGCGUUCUGAGGGCGGGGCUGGACUUUGUGUCAGAGAAGGGCAACUGCGUCGAAGAUUUCAAGUAUUUCGACAACGGUGAAUUUGUGCGGGGUAAUAUGUUGAGUGCAAUCACAAAAUGCGUCUUCUACGUUUUGAACAACGAGUCAUUUUACGAUGCGAACGGUAAUUUACCGGCGUUUAUCACGUCCGACCUGUGUCCAGCCUACGACUGCAACACGCAUGGCACCUGCUCGUUUGGUCGCUGUAUCUGCGACGCGGGCUAUGUCGGCGAUGCAUGUGAAAUUCAAUCGUCUAUGCCCCCGGCCUUGUAUGGAAUCGUUAAAACCACCUGGCAGACAGGUUCCGCCCUGUGUGACGUAACUGAGCGAAUGUGUGAGACCUCAUACGUGCACGGGUACAACGUGUUUGACAACCCGCGACUCUCGUGCAAAGUAGAGGUGUUGAAUUUUGACGGUCACGGAUUUGUGCCUUCUGGAAAUCAGUUUUUCACUGCAGCUAUUUAUAGAUCAAUGUAUGAAGUAGGCUGUAAGCUUCCGUUGAAAUCGACGAUUGGAGGGCAGACGAUUGUAGCGUUCAACAUUUCUAUAACAAACGAUGCAAGCACUUACAGUAACGCCGUGCUGUAUGUACGUACAGACACAAGGUGCGCCAGAUGCAUAAAGACGGGCAAGUCGUGCUCAGUGAAGUCGGGUACCUGUCUGAUUGAGGGUAACUGCUGGAUCGCCGGCGAGACCAACCCCUCAAACGACCACCAGUUGUGUGACCCCUCCACAAACAGCGUACAGUGGACAAAUGCUGAAACUAAAGUCUCUCACACCACUCCAGCAAUCGCUGAAAUCGGCGGUACAAACCUGUCUCGAUUCGACAUCUGGACAUUCUCCCAGAGCGGUUGUCCAUGUGCACACAAUCACAGCAACUACAGUUGUGCAUGUUGUGACGCAGGCGGAUGUCAGUGCCACGACCCUUUUCAGAACCAGUGCACACAAUGUGGAACAGUCGCUAACUGUGGAACGCCCCAGCCUGCCCUAGAAAACGGAAUUGACGGCUACACGAAUUUCUUUAACGACUGCACGUGUCAGUACGACACCACUAAGAUGAACUGCGCUUGCUGCCAGCAUGGUGUAAACGCGUGUCAGUGCGGUAAAGAGCACCGGAACCAGUGUGUGGAUUGCAGUCAUAUGGAGCAGUGCGGCAACAAGCCCUGGAUCUUCGGACAUGCCAUUACUGACCCAUAGGCGUUGUAUUCUUCUCGCUUACACUAUGGAACAUUGACUAGUUUACAGAUGAAACAUAGCCAAUUGAUAUGCUUUGUUUUCAUAUUAAUAUAUGCAUUAUAUAUAAUCGUGCUUACAACCAUGCAGCGUUGUUGUUGAUUUAAGAAAUACAUUUAGUGCAACCA